UACCUUGACUUGUCCUCAAACAAGCUGAGUAAGUCAAUUCCAAGAAAUUUUGGGGACUUUGUGAAAUUGAUCGUCUUGAAUUUAAGCCACAACAAUUUUAGCGAAGGGAUUCCAGCCCACCUCCUAACCUUAUCUCAUAUCUCCAAAUUAGAUAUAAGUUACAACUUUUUAAAUGGAGAGAUACCAAUGGAAAUUAAGAAAUUGGAGAGCAUAGUGAUCUUAAAUCUCUCCCACAAUUCUCUUUCUGGUUUGAUUCCGAAAGCAUUUGAACAAAUGCAUGGCUUGAUGUAUGUUGACAUAUCCUACAAUGAGUUGCAGGGUCCCAUUCCCAAUAGCAACGCAUUUCUAUAUGCUCCUGUAGAAGCAUUACAAGGGAACAAGGGAUUGUGCCGUAAUGUUACUGGACUACAACCUUGCAAUGCUUCCAUUAUAUACAGACAUAGCUCCAAAAGGGGACACAAAGUCGUGUUUCUUCUCGUUUUCUCACUUUUAGGAGCAAUUUUUGUACUACUUUCUUUCUUUGGGCUUAUUCUCUUUAUGCAAAGAAGAAAGACAGAUCUAAAAUCCAAACAAAGCAAGACCGAGGGCCAAGUAUCGUUUCUUUCAAUAUUACAUUUCAAUGGAAGAACAUUGUAUGAUGAAAUCAUAAAAGUGACCAAUGGUUUUGAUGCUCUAUAUUGCAUUGGGAACGGAGGACAUAGAACUGUCUAUAAAGCAGAGCUAGCUUUAGGUGACAUUGUAGCUGUGAAGAAAUUCAAUCAACCACUGCAUGAUGCUAGUGAGAGCAAAUUUCAAAAGGAGUUCUUGAAUGAGAUAAGGGCAUUGAUGGACAUACGACAUCGAAACAUUGUUAAAAUUUAUGGUUUUUGUUCCCAUGUGCAACAUUCCUUUUUGGUUUGUGAGUAUCUAGAGAGGGGUAGCUUGUCCCUAAUCUUGGGUAACGAAGAUGCUGCCAAAGUAUUGGGCUGGAGUAAGAGAUUGAAUAUUGUUAAAGGUGUGGCAUAUGCCUUGUCUUACAUGCACCAUGAUUGCUCCCCUCCGAUUAUUCAUCGUGACAUAUCAAGUAGCAACAUCUUGCUGGAUUUUCAAUUUGAGGCUCACGUUUCAGACUUUGGCACUGCUAAGCUUUUGGAGCUAGACAAAUCCAAUUGGACUUCCCUUGCAGGCACUUACGGAUAUAUUGCACCAGAGCUUGCUUACACAAUAAAGGUAACUGAAAAAUGUGAUGUGUAUAGCUUUGGGGUAUUGGCUAUUGAAGUCAUUAGAGGAAAGCAUCCAAGUGAUUUCAUCUCCACACUAUCAAUGCCGUUAGCUUUGGAGAACAUACAGUCGAAAGAUAUGUUGGAGCAACGGCUUCCAUUUCCAACAGCUCAAGUUGAAAAUGAACUUAAAAUAGUUAUACAACUUGCCAUGAAAUGCUUAAAUGUCUAUCCCCAAUCAAGGUCGACCAUGCACAUGAUUUCUCAAGUGUUAUUGAUUGAUAUUACAAAUUCCUAG